CCUGUAACUAAUGGCAGAAAAUGGCCAUGUUGAGUUGUUAGCAUCAAGACUUGAAAUGAAUUAAUUCUCUAUAACCUGUAACUAAUGGCAGAAAAUGGCCAUGUUGAGUUGUUAGCAUCAAGACUUGAAAUGAAUUAAUUCUCUAUAACCUGUAACUAAUGGCAGAAAAUGGCCAUGUUAUUCAUCACUGAUAAGCCGGUGUGUAGUUUGACAGUUUAAAAAUUCCACUUUGGGAAUGAUUCAACUGUAGAUCUUGCUAAAUAAUCUACUUCAGCAAUGACCAAAAGUCAAACAAUAGAUAAUAUGUUAAUUUAGUUGUAAUGGGAAAGAGAAAGAGAGAUUGUUAGAGACUAGAAGAUGUGGAAAUAUAUUGUAAAUGGCCUAUGCUCCAAUGACUUGAAAAGGUGAAGAAGGAGAAGUUUCUAUUGUAACUGGUACACCAUUGGUUACAACAUCGAAACUGUGUCACCAUGGUACAAAAUUGAAACUGGGUCACCAUGGAUUACAAUAUUGUAACUGGCUCACCAUGGAUCACAAAACAGAAGUCAUAAAACGCCUUUAGUUAAGAAAUUGCCUAGGUGUACACUCAUAUAUCUGACCUAUGCCUUGUGUUGUGAUUUAUUUAUGGACAUGUCCCACAAUGCAAAGAAAUCAAACCAUAUCAUUGCAUGGGAUGCCAGUCAAGUCUUUGUCUUAUUUUGUAUUGAAUGUUUCUGUAUACAAAUAUCUAACAGUUUUUGUUUUCUUGGUCUUUUUAAUGCAAUCAUUUUGUCAUUAUCCAGAUGUAAACUGUGUCUUUAUGAUAUGCUGAGUCGUGAAACCACAUGUCCAUUCAUUUCUAGGCCAGGGGUCACCCAAUGUCCAUUCAUUUCUAGGCCAGGGGUCACCCAAUGUCCAUUAAUUUCUAGGCCAGGGGUCACCCAAUGUCCAUUAAUUUCUAGGCCAGGGGUCACCCAAUGUCCAUUCAUUUCUAGGCCAGGGGUCACCCAAUGUCCAUUCAUUUCUAGGCCAGGGGUCACCCAAUGUCCAUUAAUUUCUAGACCAGGUGUCACCAGGUGUCAAUUAAUUUCUGGACCAAAUUCUGGCCUGCUGAAAUGUUCAAUGCAGCCUGCGCAACUAUCCAGCAACUGGAUUAAUAUCGUCUUAAAAUUUACAUAUUGCCGAAUUAUUUUCCGUAAAAGCCUUGAUAUUGUUACAAUGUGCACUUGUAUAACUAAAAAUGAUAAUGACAACUAUUUUUUUUUUAAAACUCCACUGCUUAUUUUCAAUAAAAAUCUAAGUGCAUUUUUGAAGACAAUAUUUAAUUAUUUCUAUUCUAUGAAAAUAGAUCCUCAAUUUUCUCAAAUAUCUAGCAACUGUGUUCAGUGGUGUCAUGCAACCGUGUCCAGUGAUGUCAUGCAACCGUGUCCAGUGAUGUCAUGCAACUGUGUCCAGUGAUGUCAUGCAACCUUGUCCAGUGAUUUCAUAAGCAUUGGAAUGUCAAGGCUAAAAUUAUUAGUACAGUAUUUUUAAGCUCCACACCUCAGUACACAAAUAUGAUAUCACUUUUGUGUUUGAAAGUUUGGAGGCCCCUUUGGCUCGACCUGUUAGCUGCAAAUUUGUAGAGUGUCACAAGUUUAAAAAAAAUUAAACAUUUAAAUAAUAAUGGUUAUUAAAGAUAAUAAGAACAAUGUUGGCAAUAUAAAUGAAUGUGCAGAUUAGAAAAGAGAAUAAUUAAAGAUGAGCGUCGGACCUUCAACAAGACUGGACAACAACUUAUGUUUUCAUUGCUAGUUAAAACCAAUGUUGUGUAAGUAAUAUGUCAUUGGUGUGUCUCCGUUUUCAAAGAACAUAAUCUCUGAGAGAUUUUCAGACUAACCAAGGACAUUUAUGGAAUUAAUUUGAAGAAAACCCAAUUGAAGCACAGAGCUGAUGACUUGGAGAAAGCCCAAUUGAAGCACAGAGCUGAUGACUUGGAGAAAACCCAAUUGAAGCACAGAGCUGAUGACUUGGAGAAACAUUAAAAAACAGGAACAAAUCACUUUGGCAGAUUCGUCCUCUUUUCAAGUAGCCUCAAGAAAAUAAGAAACAAAAAUAAAAAUCUUUUAUUUUGCAUCACUUUGAUCUAACCAACAGGACAUUUUCAUAUGAUAAAGCUUCUUAAAGUGCAGCUGAAAUUAAUAGACUCUCAGAAUGAAGGCGUUCUCCAUUUGGAAUUAAAGGACACGGGAUUAACAAAAUUGUGUCCAUCAGGCCCAAGUAUUUUGAUUCCGGACUAUGGAAAAUUAUCUAAAAACUGAAGCUCCAAGAUGGCAUUAAAUAUUUUAAUAAUAUAUAGCCUAACAAUAACAUUCUAUCGCUAUAACAUUCUAUCGCUAUAUGCGCCAUGAUUUAACCGGUAGGUAAAUGUUAUCUUGUAGUUAUCAUAUCAUUAUAAUCAUUUUACAUUGAUUAAAUUGGUAUAGUUUAUAGCUUUUGAUUUAAAGAACAUUAUCAUGGGGCCAGCGAAAAAAAAAAUUAUUUCAAUGUGGCCCUCUGCACAAAAAGUUUUCUCAGGUCUAACCAAUGUGCCGUAGUUCUCUUCAUCUAACCAAUGUGCCGUAGUUCACUCCAUCUAACCAAUGUGCCGUGGUUCACUCCAUCUAGCCAAUGUGCCGUAGUUCACUCCAUCUAACCAAUGUGCCGUGGUUCACUCCAUCUACCCAAUGUGCUGUGGUUUACUCCAUCUAACCAAUGUGCCGUGGUUCACUCCAUCUAACCAAUGUGCUGUGGCUAACCCCAUGUAACCAAUGUGCUGUGGCUCACCCUAUCUAACCAAUGUGCUGUGGCUCACCCCAUCUAACCAAUGUGCAGUGGUUCACUCCAUCUAGUCCAAAUUCUAUGACAGUUAAAUAACAGUUCUUAAAAACACCAAAAUCUAUGAGACUUAUAAAGCAUUUCAUAUAAAGACCAAAACCUCUGACCUAUAUUCAGAAGUCCAUCACUUCAGUUGAUGAACUGUCAGCUUUGGCUUUGUUUAUAAUCUUAGAACCAAGUUUCAUCUUACCAGCCAUAUUGUACUGUUGGCUUUAAACUUGUAUCGUAUCUUAUUGUUAGAGUAUUUUAAAAAGAUGAAACACAUUUGAAGAUAAACAUUUUUUUUUUAAUAUCAAGAUAUUCUUGGUCAGCCAUUUUUCUGCCCUAAAAUUUUCUAUUUCUAUGUAAAUGUCAUUAUGCAAUAUGCACAUAUUUUUUUCUAUAGUUUUCAAUGUUAACAUGAAAUUGUUCAAACCACAUUUAUUUUACUUUUAAUGAACACUCCCUUGUGUCAUCAUAUAAAAAUUGCUGUGUUUGCCAUAAUAAGAGCAAUAAUUGAUUUUAUCUUUGGAUACAUAACAACUGAUGUUAACACCUGUUGUGUACAUACUGCUGUAAAACUCCUGUUGUAAAACAACUGAUGUGUACCUACUGCUGUAAAACUCCUGUUGUAGAACAACUGAUGUGUACCUACUGCUGAUACCUUUUCAGUGUUGUGCAUGUUAUCGGGAUGUUUUAUCAUGGCAUCCUUAUGUCACAUGUUAUUCCUGUCAUAUCCUGAUGUCAUACGUUUUUCCUGUCAUAUGCUGAUGAUGUCAUAUGUUGUUCCUGUCAUUUGCUAAUGAUGUCAUGCCAUCCAUCUGGGGAUUCAUUUCAGCGAUCAGUUUGACUGUGGGUUGUACAUUGGACUGCCUAUAUGCACAAUAAUCAAUAACAAAUGUCAAUAAAAAGAUUAUACCUCCUA